GAAAAAUACCCAGCAGUAAUCAGAGUAGGUAAAAAUGAGUGUUGUUAGCUUUCCUGACAGCAUCAAGGUACAAGACAGAAGAUUUUGUUCAUUGCCAGCCCGCAGGGAGAGCUCACAGCACGGAGGGAUCAAUGCGGAUGUGAGACUGCUUUGAAAGUUCAGAACCAAGAGGAAAUGGCCAACCCAUCUCCUGGAGAGAGCCUGAGGAUCUGGGACAGCCUGAGGAUCUGGGACAGCCUGAGCUUCCAGCCCUCUGCCACUCUGAGCACUGGCAGCUUUGAGCAGGACUUGGGUGAGGGAGAUUUUGGCAGCACAGAGCUGGAGGACAAACACAGGAGACACCUGGACAUUUUGAGGCAAACCUCCUUACUGCUGGCUCACAAAAUGAAGCUCCAGCAGCAGCAGCAGAAACAUCGGCUUUUGGUGCUGAGGGAGAAGGCAAAGCAAGAGGUUGAGGAAAGCCACAGGUUUUUGAGGGGCCUGCUGCACCUCAGUUCUGAGGAGAGCAGGAAUUCCAAAGGCAGUGAUCCUGCUGUGACAAGACCUUACCACACAGGGCAGACACAGAGAGGACACUGGCAGGAAGGUGACCUUGCUGCUGGCAGCUACAGGAGUAAUCAAGAGAUGGGUUCACUGAGACACUCUGCAUUGAAGAUAGAAAGAGAUCCCAAUCCAGUGGAUCCCAAAAUAUUGGGAGAAAGAAAACCUUUAGGAGGAGGAGGUUCAUACUGCCUAGUGCUUCAAGGAGAUCACAGGCAGUCACAGCACAGCCAUCACACCUCGAAUCUGUUGUCACCUUGGGUGAAUCUGCCCCAUGGGGAGACUUGGGACAGCUCUGAGGACAGCAGUGACCAGGCCAGCUCCAACAGCCAGUGGAGCGCAGCCAUUCCACGCUUCAGAAGCUCCAGCAACUUCCGUGGUUCCAGCCUGGCUGUGGUGGAGCAGAGCCUGAGGGCAGAGGAGCUGUGGGCUCGGCACCAGGCAGUGCUCCUGCGGCUCCGGAGAAAGGCUCUGCGGGAGAGGGCCAGGGCCGAGCUGGCCUGGCUGGGCCACCAGAGACGUGUCCUGGAAAACCUGCAGGAUAGUACAGGAGCCUCUGCCAUGGCAGCAAAGCAGCACAAAAUCCUGAUGGAGCUGAAACUGGAGCAGGCAGAAAUCCAGCACCUGAAAAACAUCCACAGGGCAGCCCAUCAAGAAAGGAAGCUUUUAUUAAAGCAGCAGAGAGAAAUCUUAAUGAUGCAGCAUUCAACAGCACAACUCCAGGAAAAGCUGCACAGUUUGGCUGGGAAGCAGGAAGUGGUGAAGUCAGGGAGUAAAGACAAUUGUGUCCAGCUAAAGCAUAAAAAGAGCAAGAAAUAUGAGGGCUUUUCUACUGAGAACAAGGAAUCACUGGUACAACACCAGAAACAGGUGGAGGAGUUGCCAGGUUUGGAACAGUCCCUUAAUUCUCAGGAUGAUGUUUUCUUACCUCUGGAACCUACAAAUUCAGCUGGAAUGGAACCUAUAGCCACACUCUUUACAAGAAAAGGCCAAAAGUGUGUAUUUCUGGAAUCUGUGCUGGAGGACAAGGCACUUCUUUCAAACCCUGAUUCUAAAGAUAAUGAAAAUAUUAAUCCAUGUGGCAGAAAGUACCCAGUGAAAGGUUUGGGAAUGCUUCCUACUUGGUGUAACUUAAGCCUGGUUCAGGCAGAAAAUACUCUUGAAGGAACAGUUAAAGAAGUGGAAGUGCCUGUUCCUUGUGAGAUCCAUCAGGUGGAUGCCAGUCAAUGUUUGAAGCAUUUGGACCAUGUUUCUCAUGAAGCUUCUGAUGAACUAAAUGUAAAAGUAUUUUCUGAGGGAUUAACUUCCAUGGAACCAUUAUCCAAGUCAAAUAACUUCUUUUUGCAAUGUGAAAGUGCCAAAUCAGACUCUUCUCACUCAGAAUUUCAAAAAGUGUCUGCAGUUUGGAUCAGCUUCUCAAAAAGUUCCGUUUCAGACCCAGAAUUAGAGCUGAAACAUGGAGAUGACACAGAUGUCAGUGUCCCAGAAGAGUUUGUCUGUGACAGUGGUGAUGUGUUUGCUAAUCUCUCAAAAGACAUGCCAAUAGCAAUAAGUAAUGGAAAGGAAACAUCACCUAGUGGCAAACACAAUGAACGUGAGCUGCCUGAAGAUGACAGAGCUGAGACUUCAUCUCUCUCCCAGAAAUACUCUGGAGAUGUGUUGGAUCAUGGCUGCACUGAUCACCUGCUUUCCUUCAUCCCAGCAGACAAAGCAAAUGCCUCCAGAACCAAGUCAGCACAUUCCUCCCAAUCUGAAAACCCUUCUGAGGGAGUGGAUGAGCCACACCUGGGUGCCUCACAAAGCUGCAGCAGAAACAAACCCUGUUCUCAGGAGAUCCCAACACUGGGGAAUGAUGAAGCUGCCAGCCCUUCAUGCACAGAUGCAACCUCCAGUAGUGAUAAGGGUCUCCCUCCAACUGACAAGGAUACCUUGUCGGAAAUGCUCUGUCCUGUGGGUGAAGUAUUGUCCUCUGGAAGUGCUGACUUGCCAUCUUCUAACAAAAAGGAUUUGUCAUUUCCAAGUGAAGAUCUUCCUCCUCCCCCUUUAGGUGCAGAUGCAAUGAAAAAUGGUGAUCCUGCCUCCAUCACGGAUGAUUUCCCAUCCCCACUGGAACAAGUGACAGGCUCAGAGCCUAGUCAGGGCACGGAUGAAGAUAUAUCACUGGAAAUGGAUGCAUUACCCCCAUUACCUGAUAACACCAUGCCUGGAGAAUUUCCCCUGCUCAGUACAGAGACAAGUGGUGCUUUUUCAACUCAGGAUGAUUGUCUCUCAGAACAAUCUAUUACAGCUCUUUCCAGCUGCUUUUCAGAAAACCAGCAGGGAGAACAGGAGAUGCCUUUGCAGCAUUUGGAGUUUCUGACUGUGUCAAAUACAGAUUCUUCUGGUGGAAGUAAAAGUCCUGAAUUCCCAAUGAAACAACGCAAAAUGUGUGAAAAGCCGCCCAGUGCUGAGGACAGUGAUGACCCAUUAUCAUCAUUUGAAAUUGGGGACAGAGUGUUGGUAAAGCAGAGCCAGCCUGGAACUCUGAUGUUCAAAGGCCAGACUCAUUUUGGCAGUGGUCACUGGGCUGGUGUUGCACUGGACAAAGCUGAAGGUGACAAUGCUGGAACUUAUGAAGGGGUGAAGUAUUUUGAGUGUGCUCAGCACUGUGGGGUCUUUGUCAGACCUGAUGAGAUUUCACACCUGUUUGGGGUUAACAAAAAUAGUUCCAGUUCCAUGGGGAAUGAAGACUCUGACUCCUUCCAUGAUGAUGAUGACUCCCUCAAAGGAGACUGCAACUAUUCUGAAGAUGAUGAGCAGAGAGUGGUGUGUGCAGAGGAGAAAGCAGAAGACACAAACAGUGCAGGAGGUUCAGAAGUGAAAGAAAACCAGUCUGGGUUACACACUGCCUUGCUGUGUGGAAAAGGGCAAAAGUUUCCCCAUUCCAACCAGUGUAACUGUAAUGAAUUCCUCUGUCAAAAGAACUUAAUGUGCUUGGGAUCACAUAAAGAAAAAACAGAACUGGCACAAAUAAAACAAACCAUAUUUGCAGAUGCUCUUCCAGAGAAAAGCAAGACAGAUGAGGUAAACACAAGCAAAAAUAUUUGUUGCUUGGUAGAGGAUCAGAAAAGAAUUAAACUUGCUGAUGAUAUUGCAAGUGAACUCAGUAAAAAACUUCUGUUUGACAUUUUAAUUGCAUUUUCUGAAACAGCUCAACACAAAUAUAAAAGUGCCUUUGAAAAAGACAUGAUGAAUUAUGGCAAAGGCCUGAGGCAAGAAGACAAUCAGAAACCAUUUCCCCUCAAAGAAAAUUCAGUUGCUGCCUUAUCUGAGCCAUCAGCAAAGGUUUCUGAUGUUUUACUGGGUGAUUUUGAUACGCUUUGCAUUCAUGGUUGUCACACAGUAACAGACAGAAUUGUAACUAAAUUUAUAGAUGAUGCAGUUAAAGAAUAUAAGAAGAUUAAAAGAAAACACAGAUCAAAAGCAGACAAGAUACUUCAUUUAUCUCCAGAGACUUCUCCAACCACUUUGCCUCUCCUUUUAAAAAUCCUUGAUGCUGGUGUUUUUGGAAGCUCUGAAGAUUUUGAUCAGCCUAAUUCUGACCAAAACAUGCUGGUGAGACAGACACAAAAGCAACACUUGUAUAAAUUAGACCAGUGGCACUCAGCUCCUUGGAAGAAAACUGUGGAAGUUCCUCUUGUGAUACCACACAACAGUUCUUAUGUUAAAAAUUUGUCUGCGUAUGCUGUGGAAGAGUUAUGGACCCCAGAGAACAUAAAAUCAAAUUUCAGGAACAUCAACAUGCCAAAGUACUUGGAAUGUAGUGAUCUCCCAGGGAAUGAUUUGGAAGCAGAAAGCAAGAGGAUGUAUAAUCAGGUUAUAUUUGAUUUGAGCCAUGAGUUGCUGUGUGCAGAAUAUCAAGAGUGUGCAAAGCCAAAUAUGUUCCCAUGGAUGGAAAAAGAAGUGGGAUCUCCCUGUUCCAGGCAUCUCUGCAGAAGGGCAGAUGUCAGUGAUGUCAAGACGUUUGUUCAGGGUGAAAUUAUUAAAAUAAUGAACCUGGAAAAGAAUGACUUAGAAAUGAAAAGAAAAUACCUAAAUAUGACCAAGUAUGGAAACUGUAAGAGAGACAGAGUGGACCUUAUUCUGAUCCAGGAGCUCCGCAAAGAAGAAUCUCAGUGGACUUCCUAUGGUGAUGAUGAAUUAACAGUGAAGAUGAGGAUGACUGAAGCCAUAUUUGAUAGCUUGAUCCUUGAUACAAUCAGAAUUCUUAAUAAGAUUUAUCUGAAAAAAGCCUGUUUGAAAGGUGACUGUGCACCAUCUUUUUUCCUUUAAUACACUUGGAACUGUUAAAAGGAGCCUGGAGAUGGCUUCAGAGAGGUGGCACAGGGAAUGGCAGGACCUGGAGCCAGACAAUCAGGUUAAAUGUCUAUAAUUUUAUGCAAAUGAAGUAAAUACUAAUGUGAUGCACUUUAAAUUGGAGAUUUUUCUAUCAGCACCUUCAAUUCCUAACUAGAUGUGUGCCUGCACUUGGGUUAUUUAUCAUGCAAUUCACAGGAGCUCAUUGAAUUUUUUACAAUAUCCAAAUGUGGGGUACUGAGAAUGUACUUUAAUAGACAAAAGAGAGGAAAUCAAUAGUGCUUUUGUAUUGGCAAAGCUGAAAAAAAUCAAGAUUUUGACAAGGAAAUGGAAGCAUUUCCUCAGCAUGGUAAUUGUUCCCUAUGCUAAUUGCUGUGGUCCCACCUAUUUUGUAUUGAGAAAAUCAAAUUUUUGUUAGUUCUUUUUAAAAUAAAUACUGUGCAAAUAUUUCUUACUGGAAUUCAGAAACUGUUCAUUGUUGAAUAAUUGAUUGUAAAGAGAUCAGAUUUUUUCCAAUCCCAUUCAUUCAGAGUGUCUUCCAAAUAAAAUUAAAAUCAGGAUCAAUAAAGAUAAAUUAUAGAUAAAUUUAAGAUUUAAAAAUACAAUACUUAAAAUCUGCUUGGGGAAUAGAAAGACAUUUUAUGUUUGUAUUUUUAAAUACUGUUGGCUUAACUGUUUUUUGUAC